AUGUUCCUCCAUGUUGUUGGCCAUAACCAGAGGUUCAGGGUCAUUCACAACACGUUCAGGAGAUCAAUGGGGACCAUCUCUAGGUACUUCAAGCAGGUGCUUUUUGCUAUUGGGGAGCUUAGAGGAGAGAUGAUCAGGAGACCAUCUGGUCAGACUCCACCCAAGAUUCACGGAAGCCCAAGGUGGUAUCCAUACUUCGAGGGAGUUCCGUACCCUUCGCGCGUUGAAUUUUGUGGAGAUUCUUACUCAUCACGAAGAAGGGAAUGGACUGAUGUAAGAAUUGUGAGAAGACUGCAAGGAUCGCGUCACCAAGAGAGGCUUGCUGCUCGUAAUCAUUUCAGAGCGAUGCGUGAUAGUCAGCGAGCGGGCGGAAGCAAGCCUACCCCCCUAUUCAGGCUUGCAAUGGAUAACCUAAGGGAUGCGGAGCUUGUAGAGGAGUGUAUCAGAGAUUGUGAUACUCCAGAAUAUCUUACUUGUCCAUUGUUGGGCGAGCUUAUGAUUGACCCGGUGACAAUUGCCACGGGGAAGACAUUUGACCGACAGUACCUCAAGGAUUGGUUUGAGAAGAACGGGCAUAUCUGUCCUGUGACCGGCCAGCCUGUUUCAGGUGCCAUUGUCCGAAACGAGCGUAUCCGAGGGUAUUUGUACGAGUGGGAAGAAUCCAAGAUGGAGCGAAUCACCAAGAUCAUUACAGUCUCUUGUGCCUAA